AUGUACUAUAUUCCGUUUCCGCUUGACGAAUUCGAAAUCGGAGACCUGUCGCCGCCGCUGCCGUCGCUGUGGCUUCUUCUCAGAAGAUCUUUUAAACGGCACCGUUUAGAUUCGCUCGAGGCCGUAACGGCUCCAUCGCUGUGGCUUCUCUGCAGAAGAUCCUUAAAACGGCACCGUCUCGGAGCGCUGGAAGAUUUGCCCUUCGAGCUAUCGCCUCUCGCCGGAGAUCUGAUAGGGCUCCAGAAACAGUAGUAUCUCCUCGGGGAGAGUUCCUCCACAUCUUCUGACUCCGACGAUGAAUGCGAUUGAGACGGCGAAGAUAGAGAUUGAUCAAUUUCCCAUCCACCGUAUAAAAGAUUCUUGGUCGUUACUCGAUAGGCUGCCACGUCAUCGUCUUCUUCCUCCUCGGGUGAGCGCUUGAAAGUUUUCGUCGUUGGGAAAUGGAAGAAGCUCUCUUCUCGUAACGGCGAUGUUUCGAACUCGAAUUCAGCGUCGUCGUAGCCGUCAACUUUAACGGAAUGAUAACUCUGGGACUCACGGGAAACUCUAACGGCGGCUUCGAUGAUGUCACUGUCACCGGAGGCGUAGAAACUGAAACUGGGGCUAAACGACACCGUAGAAGAAUAGUCCUGCAUUGUUAUGUGCUCGAAGUUCUGCCUUCUUGACUCUGUUCAUACACUUGGACUUGCUCUGUGUGUGUAUAUAUAUACAUAUAUGUGAAUGUGUCUGCGUACGUGUGUGCGUAGAGAUGUGAAUGUAUUGGUUUACUUGAGCAUCAAGACGAGGCGGCUUUGACAAGGAAGGAACCGUGAUCUAUUUCUUUGUCUUUGUUUAAGGAUAAUUUUUCGUUUUAUAAAAUAU